GAGUAUUGACAAUCAGACGUCAACAAGAGAAUGAAAAAAACUGCUAAACUACAAACCAACAUAUUUUUAUCAACAAUCGAGUAAUUUGUUCCAUUUUAUAUCAAUUUCCCACAAGUUCAAGGUACAACAGUGAUCAUCAUCAUAGUGACUGUGAAGGGAAGUGAAGGAAAAGUGAAGGGAACAAAAAUGGCUGGAAACGUUCGAAUGUCCCAGCCUGGAACGCCAGCAGCAACUCAGCCGAGCUACAUGAAGGUGUUCAUCCAACGGGAUUACAGCGAAGGCACCUCGGUUAAAUUUCAAACCAGGUUUCCACCCGAGCUGGAGAGUCGGAUCGACAGACACACAUUCGAGAGCACGAUGAACAAGCUAAAUGAGUAUUUCGCGGAAGCGGAGAAGGGCUCCUGCAGUACUUAUUGCGAGGGAUGUUUAGCCUGUAUCACCGCUUAUCUGAUUUACAUUUGCACCGAAACGCACUACGAGAAGUGCUUACGCAAAGUGUCGAAGUACAUUGCGAUGCAGAACGAACGCGUCUAUAAUCCCAAAGGACUGCAGAUCACUGAUCCGGUCUGUCGGGGCCUGCGGGUAAUAGAGAUCUCGAUACUCGAUCGUCCGGGACGCACGUGACUGCCGCUAUCGCAUUCCACCGAGGAAUUCUUCAUGUAAUGGAAAAAUAUCAUGCGUUUUGUCGGAAGAUCAGAGCGGAAGUUCAAACAACAAUGCAACAAACCACAGCACUCAACAACCGUUUUGAAUAGGGUUCAACUUUAGGAUGGAUCAUGAGAAAUGAGACAUUCGCAGUUUAAGCAAAAAAAUCUUACUUCCAUCAACGAUUUGUUAUGUUCUCGAUAUUGAAUGUUAUUUACGUGGCGAAGUUUCCUCUGCAUUCAGUUUAUUUCAACCUUAAAGCCAUGCAUUUAGUUUGUGGGAUUUAUCGAAAACUUAGUUAAUGAAAAUGCGGUGAUUAGCAGCUUGUUUCAAUGACAUUUAUUGAAGAAUACGUGAUGAGAUACAUUUUGACGGUGAUAGCUAACAAGGAUGAGAUCAAAGAUAGUGUUAUAGCAAAUAAAGAUGACAAUUUUCACUGCUGGAAGUAGCAGUGAUAAUGCGUGCAACCAAUAACGUGUUGUAUGUCAAUGGAUAGAGCCUAUCGAUUAGAAAAAAAACUAUUUAUAAAUGUAACAAACAAAAUAUUCGGCUAAAGAAACCUUUGUACGUGAAAAGUCAACUUUUCAUAUGAAAAUAGUAGCGACCCGAAAUCAAAAAGUGUGUUGUCAGGAGAAUUUGUCAUUAUUAUCCUACACCUAUUAAUACGUGUAUUACCACUUUAUAGGUGGUAAGCGUUGCUUCCUCUGUAAAACUAUGUAUUGGUGGGUAAAUACAACAAUGUUUCAUUUUCGGUUGUUCAGAA